AUGGCGAAGGUUGAAGAGAUCUCGAACGCGAGCGAUGGGCGCGCGCGCGCGGCGGCGGACGCGGGGAAGAAUGGGCGAGAGAAGACGAUCGAGGGCGGCGCGGGGACGGCGGUGAAGACGACGACCGAGGACGCGACGGCGGCGACGGCGGCGGCGCCGCAGCAGCCGAUGUUGUCGCCGAAGAUGUUCAUCUCCCCGGUGUUGCUGAUGGGGAGUAAGAGACUCGGGAUUGAUUUUAAGAACCCGGAGCACGUGAUGAAGAUUCGCAUGGGCUUCGUCUUCUCCAUGACGGUGCUGUCGCUCGCGUUGGCGGCGUUGUGGUUGACGAUGAAGAGGCGUAAAAAGAAGCUUGAUGAAGAUCAGGUGGAGGUUAAGGUAAAGGACAUGCAGACCGGGGUUGAGAAGGCGGAGAAGGUGACGCUGUACGAACACGACGUUCAAGAGUUCAGAAAGGUGCUCGCGGGAAUCAUCAUGAGCGGCGUCAUGGCUUGUGGGAUGCACUUCGGGUUCAAGGUCGGCCCGCCGCUGCUGUUACAGUCGAUCAUGCUUCCUUUGAACCUUUGGGAUGGGAAUCUAUGGCAGAUGCACAUGCUCGGGCGCGAUGAGAAGCAUAAUCCGGCGUUAAAGCGGCCUUUCCAGGCAGUGAAGCAGCAGAGUCCGUUCGCCGCGAUUGCCGAGGCCAUGUCGCCGGAAUCGAAAAAGAAACGUGAGGCUGAUACAAAGCGUUUGGAGAAGAAUGUAAGCAAGGGUUCGAAGCUAAACCCGAAAAAGAAGUGA